ACAAGCAGAGACAAGAAGAGACCGAAGCGGAAAGAGAAGGAAGAGGGGUUUAUUUCGCGUUUGGUAUGACGCGGUCCGAGAAGAGUCUCACGUGGAAAGGCAGUCGGAGUCGGGCCUCGUUCGUUCGAGCACACACAGUCGAACUCGUUCGCCACUCGAGAACGGACGUCGCGAACUAAUUCCGAUCCGUUCGAUCCUUUGCACAGUACUUGUUCAUUUAAAACCUCUUCUGUGUCGCAAAAGGAGGAAGUUCACCGGAAGCAGGACUGAUCCUUGCGAAGAACGUUGGAUUUUCCCAUCGUUUUUCUUGGCCCCAUCGAUCUUCACGAAAUAAAAUCGAUCGGAUUGAAAUCGGAAAGGAAAUCAUCGUCCAAAUCUCAAAUCGCUAUCGUCGAGGAAAAUCUGACGACCGCUUCCCGUCUUAAAUCACUUGCCAAGGAAAAUCUUUCAUGUUCACUGACAAUGAGAGUUUCCUCGAGAAGAAUCACGAUGCCGCUGUCUCUCAUCUUUCUAAUCACGCUCGCGUCAGUGUUCAGCGUUCGUGUAACCGGUUGCGCUUUCUGCCAGAGAUUAUCGCAUCAACAGGCCAGUUACAAGACCAUCGGCAGUCCCCGGCCGUUCGGUGCUGAGAAACCGACGAGGGUGCAAGAGUUCGACAGGACCGGGGUGCUCCACCCCGAAUACCAGAUACCGGCUACCCUCAGACCCGGUAACGUUUCUCAGUUCUACUAUCUAAGCCCCCGCGAGGGUCCGCCCCUCACUUUGCUGGUCAGUCCCUGCAACGGGCCGAUAUCGUGGACGGUCAGCUACGUGGAACCACCGGAGAGCAGCGAUGGAACCGAGGGAACUAAAUCCGGCCAAACUCGAUGGCCAGUGAAGAGUCUAAAGCCAGGCUCGCCGCUUUUCGCUUACGAAGGCGCCGAAGACCGAAAUCUGACGAUUUCUAAGACCAGGGCCGGUCUCUAUUGGUUCGAGAUCAAAUCCUUGGUAGCCAAUUCGAGUUUUCAAAAUUCUACGAUACCGAGCACGGUGCUGUUGUACGCCACUUCCGGAAACUUAGGACGGACCGUGGAGUCGCAUGGACAGGCGAACGAUACCGAUAAGAAUGACCGUCGUAAAAUACUGAAAUUUCAGCAGAAAAGAAGCAAGAGACGAUUAACAGUGUCUUGGAACAAAAGCACCAAUGUGGAACCGCAUUUAUCGCAAUACUGCUUGGCAGUGACUUCGGGAUCGGAGGCCCAUCCGUCGACCCUUUGCGCCGCGCAGAACGUUCUUCGUGUUCACCGAUAUUUCGCUAAGGCUGCUGACUCGACCGCCAAAGAACAGAAACGAGCGACACCCGAAGGACUCUACUGCGUACGCCAAACGAAAUUGACUCUCCAUAGGAUGAAGUACGAUACUAAUUACAAUUUCACUUUAUACGUGGUGGAUGCGAGAAACAACGUUUCGAAUCGCGUAGCAACCGACGCUAUAAAAUUUCGCAGAACUCCGGAAUGGAGAUUACGACCAGGACGUUACAUCACCGCAAAUCUUCGCAAGAAUGACGGAUACGUGAACUUUCGGUACCGUCCGACCGGAAACGCUUCCACCACCUUUCACAUUCUGACCUGCGGGGGUGGAGUCAUUACGGCAAAAUUAAACGGGCCCGAAGUUUCAAAAGAAACGGAAGUGGCGAGUUACGCUUCAUUGAGAGUACCUCUGACUUCUGGGAAAAUCUAUAAUUUAAGGAUAUCCGCAACGCCGCAACAAUUAACAAAAGUAUCUGCCAUUAAGGUUGCAGCGACUCAGGAAUCUUCUCUAACGUAUCCGCAGACGCAACCGUCGAGAAAUUUGGCGCGCGAAUACAGAUCGCUCAGAAAAUGCCACGAGGUAACCGUAGGCGUCGAGUCGGCCGGUACUGGCAAAUAUUGUAUUCUGGUCCGAGAAUUAAAAAAGAAAAGCGAUCUCUCCUUAGCCGAAAUCGCGGCGAUUUUGGACCGAUGCGGUCCGAGUCGAAAGAGAAGGUCGGAGUACGAGUACGCGUUCGAAGUUUGCGAAGAGAAACAGAGCCCACCGAAGAGCGGUGUUUUACCGUUCACUCUGAGAAGACUGCAGCCGGGGAAAACUUAUCUACUUCGAAUCACCGCCGAAUUCAAAGAGAAAUCUUUGUCUUAUCCGUUGCUAACGGUUCGCACUCGACGUUCUUGCCUACCUUGACCCAUCGACGAUUCGAUCGUUU